AUGGGGGACGGGGGUGGGAGGGGUGAUGGGGUCUGUGGAAUCCACACCGACACUGUCCAUGCCCUGGCUGCCUCCUGCAAGAACCCUCAGGCCACCGAGAGCAUCUACAACAUCAAGGACCACCCAGCAGAGAAGUGGAUCUGUAUUUGUAUUUCCAGUGUGGAACAGCUGGUGACAGCCAAGCCCCCCUUCAGUCCUCUACUCUGGGAGUUCAUGAGGAAUGUCUACCCUGGAGGAAUCAGUUGCAUCGUCAGCAAAGGAGAUUGGCUACUCAGACUGGGUCACUCAGUACCAUGUCUGGGACCGGCCUACGACCGCGUGGGGACCAAGGACAGCAUUAUGAUCCGAGUCCCUGACCACACUGUCACCAGACAACUGUGUGACAUCACCGGUCCGCUUGCCAUCACCUCAGCCAAUCCCAGCGGAGAACCCGACAGCACGCACCACAACAUGGUCAUCAGUCGUCUGGGCCAUAAGCUCCAGGAUGUUUUGUGUGAUGGGGAUUCCAACGAGGUCGUAACCUCCACAGUGGUCAACUGCCUCUAG